ACUGGCCUUCUGUCUCUCCUGGACACCAAGCUGGAGACCCAGGCUUUUCCAGGAAAGUGAGACCACCAUGGCUCUGGAGAAGUCCCUGGUCCUGUUUCCGCUGCUAGUCGUGGUUCUGCUGGUGCUGGGGUAUGUCCAGCCUUCCCUGGGUAAGGAAACCCCAGCCAUGAAGUUCCAGCGGCAGCACAUGGACUCUGGUGGCACCUCCUCCCUCAGCAACCACACCUACUGCAACCAGAUGAUGAAGCGCCGGAACAUGACCAAGGGCCGGUGCAAGCCAGUGAACACCUUUGUGCACGAGCCCCUGGAAGAUGUCCAGGCUGUCUGCUUCCAGGAAAGGGUCAACUGCAAGAAUGGGCAGACCAACUGCUACAAGAGCAGCUCCAGCAUGGACAUCACAGACUGCCGCCUGACAAACGGCUCCAAGUACCCCAACUGCUCCUACCGGACCAGCCAGAAAAAGAGACACAUCAUUGUGGCCUGUGAGGGGACCCCGUAUGUGCCAGUCCACUUUGAUGCUUCUGUGGGGGACUCCUCCUAA